AGAGAGAGAGAGAGAGAGAGAGGGGCUUUCACCUCGACACCUCCCUGUUUUCAGUUACCACUUAAGAACCAUCACUUCAAUUUUUCUUGUUUUCAUCAGAUCUCCAUUUCUCUCUCUCAAGUUAAUUACUGUUGUAAGCAGAAUGGAGAUGCUCUUUCAUUUCUCCAGCUUUGAAAUUGAUGGUUGAUUGGUUUUAUGGGGAAAAGGUGUGAUCUUUGGCCACAUUCUUGAAAUGGAAAUCAAUAAGGGAACUUCAGGAACCCUAGAAGAGGGUUUUGUUGACUCAAAGCUGAGUCGGGAUGAGAAUCCUUGUGGUAAAAUCUUCGAACAAGUGGACUCUUUUUCCUUAUGUAAUAUAAGUGAAAAGUGUGCAGCUGAUGUUUAUGGUGGCCACAGUGAAUUAAGCCAGGUGGAGUUAGCUAGAGAAUUAGGUAAUGGGAGCUGUGAAGAAUCUAUGGUGUAUGAUGGAAUUGCUGGAAAUAAUCAGAUAAAUAAAGGGGUCCUGGAAAGUUAUCCCGAUGAGAGGAUGUUAGUCUUGAUGAAUGGCAAUGAAAUAAAAAAUAAAGAUGUGCCAGUUUUGGAAGGGGACUUGCAGUUUAGCGGGAGUGACGAAAUUCAUAUUGGAAAGGUUGAGGAUCCUGCGGAAAAAGGUGAUGAUGUGUUGUAUCCUCAUGAGCUUUUUCAGGUGGAGAAGGUUGAGGAGCCAAGCGAAAAAGGCAAUCAUGUGUUGCAUCCUCAUGAGCCUGGUUCACCAACGAAGAUAGAAGUUUCUGGGAAUGGUAUUAACUUAUUUGUGGAAGUUUUUGGUCCAUUAGAUGGAAUUUGUGAGAGCAAUAAUAGUAUGGACGACUUAGGGGAACUUGUGGUAGGAGAGAGUGACUCCAACCAAGAAUAUUCACACAAAGGAAAUGGAUCUGUGUUCCUUGGUGUUAAAAAUGCAAGUGUCAAGAAUGAAGGGGAAGACAUUGUUGGGGAGCAGGCAUGCACAUUUGAUGUGGGUGAUUUGGUAUGGGUUAAAACCCGAACUCCAUUGUGGUGGCCAGGGAUGAUAUCUGAUCCCUCCAAUGCUGAUGGAACAAAGUCCGAGAAAAGGGGUAGCUACCUUGUUAAAUACUUUGGAAAUGCAAAUUUUAUUUGGUGCAAAAACUCAGACUUGAAGCCUUUCGCGGAGUACUUUGAACAGAUGUCAAGGCAAAAUAACUCUAGAAGCUUUUGUGGUUCGGUGGAGAAGGCUUUAUCUGAGAUUGGUUGCCGUGUGAAGUCAAAGAUGACUUGCCCUUGUUUUUCUAAGGAAAGUCAAACGGUUGCUGUACAAGAGUUGGUGAAGAAUAGGGAAGAAGGUUCAACCUCAAUGGAUAGAAGAGGUAAAUCUGAGGUUCGCUCAUUGUCUCUGUUUGAUCCUGCAUCAAUUUCUGCACGUAUCAGACAUCUUGCCCGUUCUGUUGAUGUGCCUGGUAAAGUCGAGUUAACAGUAAUGAAGAAUCACCUGUCAGCAUUUUAUCGUUCUAUUGGCCAUCUUCAGUUGCCUCUGCAUCUACUUAGGUCAAGUAGUGAUGCUGCGCAGAGGGCUCAGGAUGACUUGACAUCAGAACUCGCAGAUAAAGGCCAUAAUAAGCUUUCUGGAUGCUGUAGAAAAACAGUACCAAAAAGGCAGAAGAGAAAGCGCAGUGAUGAUGCUGACCUUGUUCUUGGUGAUAAAAAAGCUUCAUCUGGUAAAGGCUCUGAAUCAAGGGAAAGGAAGAAGAGCAGGUAUCUGUCCUAUCCUUAUGUAGAUGUCAACCAAGGGCUUCAAGAUGCAUCAACAGUGGGACAAGAAACUGAAGAUCUCAAGCAAAGUUCCGGCAUCUCUACAAACUCCACUCCUUUGGGUAGUUGCAGUGGCACAAAUUCUCGGAAAAAAGGUUCGCGGAAACCUUCCAAGGGGAACCACGCCGUAAGUGAAGAAGACAAUAUUGAUGCUUGUUCAGCCGAAUUGCUUGCUGAACUCUGUUCCACAGCUCGUGAUUGUUUGUAUCUCAGCAGAAGCAAGUAUUCUGGUUCCUUGAAGAGAUUUUAUAGUAGUUUCAGAACAUUUGCAUUUCUUAAUGCUGAUACAGCCUGUAAGGAUGCUGGGAGUCAGCAGGCACCUGAUCUUGAGAGAUGCCCUCCCCAUAGUUCUACUGUGACUGAAGGGCAGAUGGAAGGAAUUAGAGGGGUGAAAGAACCUGAAAACCAGAGAGCGAAUAUUGCACCAGUCAAAGAGAGUGCACAAGAUGCUGUAGGCAACAAAAUCUCAAAAACAGAUAAUUUGCGAGGAAAAGGAAAUGCCGUAUGCAGGACUACUAAAAAAAAGAAGGAACAAGUAAUAUCAGGAGGCCUGGAGUCUGUAAGCAAUUGUUUCGGCAUGGGCACAAACAUUAAUCCCAAUAGCUCAUGGGUGAUUAGCUUCCAGCAGACUUGCCCUCAAGUCCCUCAGAGCACAACUCUUCCCACGAAAACAGAAGGAGCCACUCCAGGCCUUCCUCAAGUCAACAUGAUUGCUCGAUUACCAGAUUUGAAUGGAAACCAUCCGAGCUUUUCCAUUGAUCAAAUUCCAUGUGGAGGACCUUUUACAAAUCUGAGUAAUCCUUUACCCAACCAGACAAGAGAAGGAUUUGUCUCUCCCAGUGUAAAUGGUGUUAACCAGAUGGUCUUCACCUCUGUUCCAUCAUUAUCGGAUGUGACCCUACAAAAUAUUCCACAAGUCGGUAAUGUGGUAAAUCAUACUACUCAAUAUUGGAAUGGAGAAUUUAGAUCUAGGGAACUUGAGUCUGGUGUGAUAAAUACGGGGUUCAUCUCAUUUGUUCAGCCACCAGUUCAGAUGGGGCUUUAUGCUUCUGCUGGUAAACCUGAGAGCAAAAAGAGAAAAAGAAAGCAAAAGACUUGUGAAGUUCCUUCAGUUAUUCCAGAUUUGAACGGAAAUGUGUUAGAUAGCAGCUCACCUGGGAAGACCUUGCUUGACGGAAAUCAUGUAGCACCUGAAGGUAAACCACAACAGAAGAGAAGAAAUACAGCUGCAGACAUUGAACCAGGAAAUAAAGCUGCAGACGUUGAACCAGGUUCAAAUGUGAAAAAGACUAGAAAUUUGAACAAUGUCGAAGAGCUUGGUGGCAGUCUUCUCUUGAACUUUGCCCCAGGAUCCACUCUUCCAUCUAGAGAAACGUUGGUUGCUACAUUUUCCAGAUUUGGGCUGUUGAAGGAAUCAGAAAUCCAGGUUCUAAAUGAUUCCACAGUGCAGAUUGUAUAUGAAAGGAGCUCUGAUGCUAGAUUUGCAUUCAGAAGUCUGGAGAAAAGCAAACCAUUUGGAGAAUCACUCGCCAGUUUCAAACUCCAUUGCACGCCAGAUGCUCCAAAGACCACAGCGAAAAGAAAUCGCUUGCAGAUGCCGCAACCCUUUUUACCUGUGAAUGCAUGCAAAAUUCCAGCCAAGCCUGGGGCCGCGGAGACACCUGAUAUUGCAUUAAUUAGGCAGAAUGUGGAGAUGAUGAAGUCGACUCUGCAGAAAGCAGGCAACAGCCUUUCAUCGGAGAUGAGAGCGAAGUUGGAGAACGAGAUCAAAGCUUUUCUUGAAAAACUCAGCUCAAUGGGCGGCUCCUCUUCGUCUUAGCCCCAACUGUAAGACUAUAUAUAAUCCUUGUAUUCUGGCUUAGACCAUCACGCACGAUCUGGUCGGUAGAGGGGGGCUUAUUUUUGUUGUCCCGAUUUUUUGAAGUUGUAUUGCAGCUCUUCCUCCCUGAUAUAUCAACCCUCAAGAAAACUAUAAAUUGCAGCUAGUCAAUUGCAUUCGGAUGGCAUUUGGAAAUACUCUUGUUUCUGCACAAUGAUGAACUGAAUUCUUUCAGGACAAGAAGGAUGGUUUAAUUGUUUUUGGAAA